AUGGUCGCCAACGCCGGCAGUAUAAAUCCAACUAAUGUGGAGGCUACGGCAUACAUAAGUGCUGUUGCCGCUUUCGCCGUGGUGGUGCUCGUGGUGCUGCUGUUCCUUGGCAGGCGCUGGUGUUACACCGCGGUCUUCGGUCGCAAGUGCUGCGAUGACAUACUCACCGUAAAUGCUGCUAUUGCCUCCCCAGGCCUCCCAAUCGAAAAUGCUCCGUUUGAUGCUUUGUCGAAACCGAACCAUUACCCCGAACGUAUAUUCAAAUUCGAGGCCUCGGACGAGGAUGAGGAGCUGCGUUUGCGCAUCCAACAGGACAAAGAGGAGGUGGAAUGCAGGUAUGAGGAGAAAAAUGAAAACCAGGUUCAAUCGAAGGUUGAAGUAGAACUGAUAGAAACCAGCUUAAGAGAGACCAGCCUGAGGGAGACGAAGAUUGAUGAUGUGGUUCAACAAAGAGCGGACUACAUACACACAUUAGAAGCACAGAGCAGUGUUGAGAGUGACGUCAUCGCCCAUAAUGAUACAUCUCUGUUGUGUAGUGAUAGUGGCUCUGAGAGGGGAUGCGUUGAGUUGACGCUACUGUUCGACGCGCCCGUCCGCAAUAUGACGGUACACGUACUACAAGCACGCUCUUUGCCGCACAAAACUGGCUCACAAGUGCUACAAAGUCAGGUCAGAAUAGUUCUAUUGCCUCUGAAGAAACAGAAAUAUAAAUCUAAAAUCCGUAAUGGAGAAAAUCCUCAAUAUAUGGAAAGUUUUGUUCUGCAUAAAAUUAAUCCAGAGGACGUACACGGUAUGGGCUUGCGUAUCAGAAUAUAUGGCUGCGAAAGAAUGCGCAGACAGCGAUUGCUCGGAGAAGCAAAUGUUAGCUUUGCGACUCUCAAUUUCGAGCUCGAAAACAACUUGUGGCUUCAACUAGCACCAAGACAACAUCACCAGCCAAGUCUACAGCUCCCUAAACUAGAUCCAAGCCACUCUAUAGCUGGUGUGUUAGCGAGUCCGUCAUCUAUAACGACCGUGUCACCGGGUGGUAGCGGUGAAGCCUGCAGCUUGGCGAGAUCAGACUCCGCCUCCUCAUGCUGCAGCACACGCUCUGCACCUGAAUUACUCCUCGGACUACAGUACAACCCUACCACAGGACAUUUAUCUGUUGAGAUAAUAAAAGGCACUCAUUUCCGAAAGCUAUCUCCAAACAAGGCACCGGACACUUACGUCAAGUUAUGCCUCAUCAGCUCUCUUGGAAUGGAGAUGGGUCGAUGCAAGUCCACUACCCGCCGUGCUCAGUCCAAUCCUCUCUACAAAGAAUUGUUUAUAUUCCAAGUUGCGCUUUUCCAACUGACGGAAGUGACGCUGAUGGUGUCCGUGUGGUGGCGUCGGAGUGUCAAGCGAAACGAAAUGGUGGGAUGGUUCUCAUUGGGGCACAGUUCAUCUGGACGAGAGGAGGAAAGACACUGGCACGAGCUGUGUGAGCGACAAGGACAACAGGUCCAACGCUGGCACGUGUUACUGGACUCUUGA